AAAUGAUGAUAUUAUCGAAUCAAGUGUCAAAACUUCUUGUAAAUUCUCAAAACAAAACAGGAAAAAGUGUUUUUUCGGAGUUAAAUGGAAUAAUUAUUAACCCUUGUUUGGAGCAUAUGUUAUUUUCAGUUUUAUGAAAAAUAAAUUAUGCCAAAUUUUAGCGGCCUGUAAAAACAUCGCCAUACCAGAAUAUUUCCAGUCCGGCUUUUUGGAAUCAAAGCGUUGGAUAAAGGAUUACUUUCAAGUUGUCAGGAAGCCGCUUAAUAUCCAACAAAAUCCCAUUCAAAUUACAACAUAAUGGCCACAGUGAAGGAAAAAUCCGAACCGGAAUAUUUCGAAUGGAGUCCGGAGGACGAAAUCCAGUUGUUCUUCGCCAUGGACGGCUUGCGCCCCGUCGGCAUCAAUCGGCACUUCUUCCUGGCCUGCAUUGUGGAACGUUUGUCGAAGGCGCUUAAUCGGAACGUCAGCAGCGAAGCUGUUUGGUCCCACCUCAAGACCCUGUACAACCUUAAAGCCCUGGACGAAUUGGAGCAGUUGCCGUUCCCGAACGACGAGACUGAUUUUGUAUUGCCGGAAGAGGAAUUCGGUACGGAAAUUAAAUUCAAAACCGAGGAGGAACCGGUCAUUGAUGAGUCGAAAAAGUCGGAAAGCAAACCGGAGCCAACAACUGUGAAACCAGCCAAAGACAAAGAACCAACGGAAAAGGAAAAACCCUCGUCAACGGAGAAGGAAGUUAGAGAAUCGGUGAAACCAACCAAAGCGGCGAAACAAGAAGCGCUAGUAGAGAGUACCCCAAAACGACCUCAGAAACGCACCCGGGGAUCCAUGUCCUUAGAACCGAAUUCGAGUAACAGCCCAGCAAGCACUCCGCCCCACGUUCAGGUCACGAAAAGACGAAGGAUUUAGAGGAUUUUACACUAAACACAAUUGAGAAGAAAACUAUUUAACGCAAUGUAUUAUAAAAUUUGGAUUUAUAUGACUAAGCAUGUAAGUUUCUGUUCUUUCACAACCUUGUCAAUUGGGUGCAGAAAGGUUUUUGUGAUUGAUUGAGGUUGAAAAAUUUAAUACAAUUUGAAAAUCUGAAGAAAUAACAGCGAUUUUCCAAAAAACUACAUUUUCAAAAAAAAAAUAAAUAAAUUUGAUUUUUGCAAUUUUUCCGCAUACACCAAGAUUUUUUUUACACUGAUAUAAAUACGUAUCGCGUAAAAAAACCGUGCAAAAAAAACAGUGUUAAUUCCCGAAAACCGCGUAAAAACCGUGCUAAUUGGGGAAAACCGUGUAAAAAAGACCUCUAAAUCUCUGCAGCUUUUAAACUUGAAACAAUCAUAUAUGUAACUUGACACUUAAGACCUGAGACAAAUAUAGUAAUUUUAAUGUGA